GAUAAUAUAAGAUGUAUUGUCUUGGGUAAUCGUUACAAAAGGUCAAUACUUGAUGUAGUUUUGUUGUUGUGAGUCGAGAGUUCGUGUCAUGGAAGACAGACUGUAUUGUUAUGGCGGGUAAAAACGACGAAAUAUGGGACUCAAAUAACGAGCGCGAGAGUAUCCAUGUGUAUGUAGAAUGUGAGGAAACUGACGGUUACGACGAUGAAUUGGACAUUGAAGAAGAAGUCAUUUUAGACCUUUCAUCUUUUGCACCAACUGACGAGUGUUGGUAUCAUGGCAAACUUGAUCGAAAAACCUCAGAAGAUCGUCUCAAAAAACAAGGUACACCAGGUAGCUACCUUGUACGAAAGAGUGAAAGAAAACAUGGACAGUAUUCUCUUUCCUAUCUUGGAUUGAAUGGCAUUAGUCACUUUAGCAUCACCGCUCUUUUUGGAGACUAUUACAUUGGUGGUCGACAAUUUGAGUCAUUAAGAGAUUUAAUUGGUUACUACACUAAAUGUUCCAGCUUAUUGAAGGAUGAAAGGUUGGAACAUCCUGUACAACCACCAGAACCUGUUUCACUGUCCACUCGUAUGGUUGCCAAGUAUGCAUUUAACAAAACACUUGGAACUGAGGCACUCAGUUUUGUGCCUGGUGAUGUUUUUGUGAUUGAAGACAAUGUGAAUGAGUCUUGGUUUUGGGGACGAUUGCUGCGGACCAACGAAAGAGGGAUGAUUCCAAAGAUGUACACCAUUGAUGCACCUGAAAACCUUAGUCCUCAUGCUGGCAGGGCAUGGUUUUUUGAUAAACUUUCAAAGGAGGAGGCUAAUGAACUGCUGAUGAAUGAAGGUGUUGUUGGCAGUUUUCUGAUUCGACCUAGUUCUGCAAGAGUUGGUGAUUUUUCACUUUGUGUUAGAGAUGAUAAUGGUGUGUCACGAUUUUUAAUCAGAAAACAAGGUCUUCAGUAUUUGUUUGGUGGAAGAUUGUUUGAAGAUUUGGACAGUAUUAUUGAUCGAUACAAGAAAGAGUUUAUUGAACAAGGAUUAUCUCUUGGAAAUCCAGUUACAAGCAAAGACCAAACCCCACCUUCUACACCUACAUUGAUAAGUGGUUUACGUGAUCUAAAUAUCCACGAGGACACUCCUGUCACUCCUAUUUAUGAGUCUACAUUUGAAUCCAAAGUUGGAAAGUCUGUGAAAUCAGGGUUUUUGGUUAAAAAAGGUACUGGUAAGAAAUGGAAAAGCAUGUAUUUUGUUCUGAAUGGUGAAGAUGAAAAGUUGCUAUUUUUCGAACAUCAAUCGAGAACAAGACCAAAAGGAAUGAUUGAUCUUACAUAUUCAACUGUUUAUGAGGUUCACGAAAGUCUCUUUGGAAGGCCAAAUUGUUUUCAGAUAGCAGUCCGCUUUGGUGAUACUCAGAUGUUUUAUUUGUGCGCCGACACCUAUGAUGAAGCGAACGACUGGAUGCAAGCCAUCAGAAAGUUUUGCUGCAAAUCUCGGUGGACGGCGACUCAAGUCAUGGCUAGCUCGGACGUUAAACAGUUACGAGGCCUGGAACUGACUAUCAUAGAAGCACACAAUCUACCAGGAAAUAAAUCGUACCAUCCUUAUUGUGUUGUAUCACUGAAUGAAGUUCGAAUAUGUAGAACGCCUGUUAUCGAGGGAGAAAAUCCCGUAUGGAAUGAACAGUUUAAAUUCAACGAUAUUCCCGAGGAUAUUGUCUCUUUUACGGUUGCAAUUUUUAAUCGAAACAAACGAUCUAAAGAUCAAGACAUUGCAACUGUAACGGUCGCUCUACAGAUCUUAACUAAAGGUGAGGUUGUGGACGACUGGUUUCAACUCAGAGCAUCACAUUCACGAACUGAAGCAGGAACGAUACGAAUUAAAGCUAGAUACAUGCAUGAAAUGAUAAUGCCAGUGGAGGAAUAUUUUGGUCUUAAAGAGAUUUUAAUGAAAGAGGACGUGCUUUGUGUGACGUCUUUAAUGGAAGUUUGUAAAGAUAGAGACACGCUUGCAUCAAGAAUACUCAAUGUCUUUCGUCAUCAGGAACAGCAUCACAAUUUACUAAGACGACUCACGGAUAAAGAAAUCCAGAAUCAUGAUAUAGAUAACGUAGCGACAUUAUUCCGUGGUACGUCAGCUGCCACUAGUCUAAUGGAUCAAUACAUGAAGAUGGUUGCCGUGCCAUAUGUUCAGUCAACAUUAAGAGAUGUUGUCGUCAGAAUCAUGGAGUGUAAACAUUCUUGUGAGAUCAAUCCGGCCAGACUUGGGAAAGACGAGAAUGCGGUUGGAAAUUUGACAUCGUUGAUAGAAUUUCUUGACGAAGCUUUAGAUUCGAUCAUAAACUCAACAGAUAAAUGUCCAAUGUUAUUACGUUAUCUUUUUGGAUGUUUACAACGAACCGUGCUUGAAAAAUGGCCAGAACAUGAAACAUUAAAAACAAGAGUUGUCAGUGCGUUUUUAUUUUUACGUUGUUUCUGCCCGGCCAUCAUGAAUCCAAGAAUAUGUAAUAUGAUGUCAGAUACACCUUCGCCCAUGGCCAGCCGGACUUUAACGAUGGUUGCCAAGUGUUUACAGAAUUUGGCCAAUUUAAUAGAAUUUGGGGCCAAAGAACCAUAUAUGAUUCCUCUUAAUCCAUUUAUACAAAAGAACAAGCCAAGAUUGAUAAAGUUCAUCGAUGACCUUUCGAAUAUUGCUUUCUGUCCAUCUGCGACUGAGCAGGUUUCAUCUGAUUUGGCUCGUAAUUUGGCGUUUCUUCAUGACAAAUGCGUCAUUCAUUCGUCAGCGAUCAAAGAACUCGCCCAGGAUUCUCCUAAUCUACAGAGCCUUCUCAUAGCAACAGAAAAUGUUUCAAAUAAAAUCAAAGUGUAUAUGUAAGUACACGUGUUUCAUAUGCCGAUUGAAAUGAAAAAGACUUUAUAUAAAUGAUAGUGAAGUGACUGUACAUAUAAGAAAUUACAAAUGAUGAAUAGAGAACAGCUGCAUUCUUUAUAAUUAUUCUGUAAAUGGCAUUUGGAACACGUGACAAAGUAACACAAUUGGUUUGAAUAUGAUAGUAAAGAACAAGAAAAAUAACAUCAUUGUCAUAGUACUGUGGUCGGGUCGUAAUGUGACCGUAGAAACUAGGAAAGCGUUACUUUGUAUGAAAAUGUCAAUUCAAUAAACCUUGCAACCAAGUUA